GGAAGUUUAUAGUGUCUUCAGAAGUCCGCCCGUGCGGGAGCAACAAUCGCAGCCAGGAUGGAGACUGUGAAUGCAGGACACAUGAUGAGUUUAGCAGCUUUACAGAGACAGGACCCGUAUAUUAACAAACUGCUCGAUGUUACCGGCCAGGUCGCUCUGUACAACUUCAACUCCAAGGCGAACGAAUGGGAGAAGACCGAAAUUGAGGGGACCCUGUUUGUGUAUGCGAGGUCAGCCUCACCUCGCCAUGGCUUCACAAUCAUGAACCGCCUGAGCGCAGAGAACCUGGUUGAGCCAAUCAACAAAGACUUGGAAUUCCAGCUUCAGGACCCUUUCCUGCUAUACAGGAAUGGCAACUUGGGUAUCUACAGUAUUUGGUUCUACGACAAGAGGGACUGCCAACGCAUCGCUCAGCUGAUGGUCAAGAUUGUGAAACAAGAGGCAGACCACGCCAAGAGAGAGUCACCAGAGAGUGUGAAUGGUGUUGCAGAACCAAGGCCCAUUGACAUCCUGGAACUGCUGAGCAAAGCCAAGGAAGAAUACCAGAGAGCUCAGGGAGGGGAGAGAGACACAUCUGCAGAACUGAGUAUGAAAGCAGCUAUCAAUACAGCUGAACAAGUUCACUGCGCACCACUAUCUGAAAAGAACUCUCAUUUGGUGGUGAAGCAGAUCACAAUUGAAGAGCUCUUUGGCUCAUCCCUGCCUAAGGAAGCCACUUCAGCCACCCUGCCUCUCCAGCACACUACCACUACAUCUGGUGACCCCUCCACUUCUUACCACCAGAACCAGUCCUAUCCUACUCCAGCCCAUCAAAACCGACACCCUCCCUCCAAUCUCCCAGGCCCAGAUGCCAGGUCAAACCACCAUCACCAAGCUCCUAACUUGCCCCCAGCGCCGUAUGCUUUACAGCCCAGCCCUGUUUUCCAGUCAAUAGUUCCGAAGUCAGAGCACCAAACUCUUUGCCCAGUGUCCCCUCUGAUGAUGUCCCCUUCUGGCUUAGAGCCCCAUGGUGCUCCUCCUGGCCCUACAGCACCACUGGCAGCAUGUACAACCUUUAUGGGAAAGGAGAUACUCAGCACGCUCAAACCGGCAGUCCCAUCAGUAAACAUGAACAUCCACAAACCAGUCCUUGCACCAAACUUUCUGCCAAGUGCACUGUUCCCACCCCAUAGCUUCCAAGAGCCCAAAGUAAAACCCCAUCCCCACCACAUGAAGGAAAUGGAUGCUUUCUCUCAGCCUUCAAACCUGAUCAAACCACUGUCUACUGUUGCCAUGAAUCCAGGUGUUGCUGGCCCAGGCGCAGAGAUCUCAGUGCUUCUCUCCCCCAGUGCCUUCCAGCAGUCCAUCAAUAAGACAACAGCAGCAUCAGGGUUUCCCCCUGCACCCUCUGAGCCUUCCUCCACCUCUGGAGGAAUCGUAGAGCCUCCCGAAGCCCCCUGCAGCAAAACACAACUACAGGAGACUCUUAUUUACCUGAUUAAGAAUGAUUCCUCCUUCCUUGGUGCCAUUCAUGACGCUUACCUGCGGACCCUGACAAAGGACUUCAGCAACAUGAAAGUAUAGCCAUCUCUAACCACCACAACACUAUGGUUUCUUUCUCUGGAAGUCCCUUUGAUGAACUGCGAGGAAUCCAUAAAUGAAUGGAAGUUAACAGAAAUACAGAUAAAAGGUUUUUAAUGCACUCUCAACUCUCCAAAACUAGCCUGAGUUCUGAAAUCUAUAAAAGCAUGCAUCGGCAUCAUGUAACUCUUUGUUCCUGACUCAGAACGUGUUGCUUUUUGAACUCUCACCUGACCGUUACUAUUGUUACUAUAAUCGUGACUACUCAAAUCAUGGACUGAAUAUGUUGCAAAGAAGGAUGAGUUAAAAACUUUCAUGUGCAGACUUGAGUUUACAUUUUAGUUUCAUAAAAUCGAUAAAGCAGUCUGCCACAACUGAUUAAGUUCAACUGUUGUUGGUUUACUUGAGAAUGGGACCACAGUUGACCUUCAAUGAUUUUACUUUUUAUCCUGGGACAGACUCAUUUACAUUGAAGAGUAUUUGACUUGCCAACGUAGCUGUCUUAUGCAUCUUGUGUUGUUGUUUUUUUAGUUUUCACAGUGUGAAAAUAUUGGAAAGUGAUAUUGCACUCAAACAGCUUAUCAAAAACAAAUAUGUGCUGGGGACAUCAAACUGUUAAGGGGUCUUUAAAGAGUAACUUUCCUGAUGUGAGUAUAAACAGACUGCUCUUUUUCUUUUUAUGCUUAUUGAAAGAUUGUUAGGUAUUUCAAUGUUGCCUAAAAAGGAGAGUAUUGUCUAGUAUUUUUUUCACAACCUUCAUAUAAGGUAUAUAAUUUCUGUUAUUGUUUUUGUAGAGAUCAAACUCAUAGUUUCAGUUUUUUUUUAAUCAUGUUAGAGAUUGUGACAUUCAUAGAUGAAAAAACAAUUGCACCAAUAAGCAAAUGUUCUACUGUUCUCCCCCUGCUCUUUCUGAUUCUUUCUCUUUCUUUAGUGUUUCAUUUCUCUCCUCUCCAGCUGAGCUCACAGUACUCCAUCAUUUUUUGGAGGGCAACGUGCAAUUGAUGAUGGUUAAGAUGCCUUUAGGGAUAUUAGCUUUUUUAGGGUAUUUGAGGACCAUGCAGUAGAGCUUAGGUUAUCUGAUCCUCCUGGGUUGUGAUUCUGCAACAAGUGUACAAUUUUAAUUAUGAGCAAAACAUUACAAGAAAUGAUUCAUUAUUGAUCAUCAAAAUUAUGAGCCGUCUGGCUGAUAUGGUUUUGGGGAUUCGAGUAUGUUUGAGACCAAUUGAGUUUAUAAAAGUUACUCAAAACAGAUGAGAAAAAAAAGAUGAUUCCUAUUCCUGUUUCUUUGGGGAUUUUACAAAGUCGCUGUCGAGUCUAAUUUAGCAGACUUUGCAGAUCAAACUAAUCAUUUUUUAUUUUUUGCUGUAAAAGCCACUGCAGUACAAAACCAUGAGCACCGCUGAUUGUAGAGGGAGAACAAGGAAGCAAAUCUGUCUCCUCAACAUUUGCACUGCCAAGUCUGUUGAUUCUGUUAGUUCACCAAAAAGUUUGAUUUUAUGUCUAACUGAUAUCAGUUUGAAGUCUAGAAGAAAAGGCUCAUUUUUGGUUACUGGUGACUUUAAAAUUCAACUCAUUAAAAUUCCAACUUUAUUAUGAAAUGUAUUACUCAAGGUCCAGAAUGAAGACUGUUUUGUCACGGUGUUCAGCACCUUCAUCUAAAAUGUAUUUAAAAAAUAUGAACAUUUCAGUUGUUCUAUCUCUCUAUCUAUCCAUCUGAUAAAGUCUGAAUGUAAUGUGGUAAAUUAUCAUUUUAAUUGCUUGAUAUGUUAUUUCCCUUUCAACACACCACACCUACAGCUGCAUCUCGGUGCUGCCUUCAUGGACAAUAAUGACACCCCUCCUUCACUUUAAAAGAAUCCCAGAUGGCACAACUGACAAGUCAAAAGUAGCAUGCACUUUGUGUUGAAUGGAAUUAAAAUAUCACCCACCUCCUUAGAGUUUGAGCAACCAUCGGCAUGCAGGGAACACAGUUGCAGCUAAUCAGACAAAAUGUAAACAACCGCAUCACAAAAGCUGGCAGAGCACUACUCUGGAGUGUGUGAACCAUCACAGACCUAUUGAUGAAAUCAAAGAAGUAAACAGUGCUGGUUAGUGGAUGGCAACUGACUGCAAGCCAGUCCACAUUACAGAUGUAUCAGGUCCAAGGUAUGAGAAAUGAAAAAUUCAAUAAAAAGAACAAUAAAAUAAACAAA